CAGGUUUGGGGGUUGCCCCGUUUUGGGGGCACCCCAUUUUUGGGGGGCCAUGGCGUGGGCGCUGAAGCUGCCGCUGGCGGAUGGGAUCGAGUCGGGGUUGGUGCAGGAUUUUGAUGCCAGCCUGUCGGGCAUCGGCCAGGAGCUGGGGGCAGGAGCCUACAGCAUGAGCGAUGUCCUGGCUCUGCCCAUCUUCAAGCAGGAAGAAUCCAGUUUGCCUCCAGAAAACCAGGACAAGCUCCUGCCCUUCCAGUACGUCCUGUGUGCUGCCACCUCCCCCGCGGUGAAGCUGCACGAUGAGACCCUCACCUACCUGAACCAAGGUCAGUCCUACGAGAUCCGAAUGUUGGACAACAGGAAACUCGGAGAACUUCCAGAAAUCAAUGGGAAACUGGUGAAGAGCAUAUUCCGGGUGGUUUUCCACGACCGGCGGCUGCAGUACACUGAGCACCAGCAGCUGGAGGGCUGGAGGUGGAACAGACCUGGCGACAGGAUCCUGGACAUAGAUAUCCCAAUGUCCGUGGGGAUCAUCGACCCUCGAGCCAACCCGACACAGCUCAACACCGUCGAGUUCCUGUGGGAUCCAUCCAAGAGGACUUCGGUCUUCAUCCAGGUGCACUGCAUCAGCACGGAGUUCACGCUGCGCAAACAUGGCGGCGAGAAGGGAGUUCCCUUCCGUGUCCAGAUCGACACCUUCAAGGAGAACGAGAGUGGGGAGUACACGGAGCACCUGCACUCUGCCAGCUGCCAGAUCAAGGUGUUCAAGCCCAAAGGCGCCGACCGGAAGCAGAAGACGGAUCGGGAGAAGAUGGAGAAGCGAACGCCCCACGAGAAGGAGAAGUACCAACCAUCCUAUGAGACAACCAUCCUGACCGAGUGCUCGCCCUGGCCCGAGGUGACCUACGUGCCCAACGCACCGUCCCCAGGUUUCAGCAGCUCCCACAGCAGCUUCUCCGUCGGGGACGGCAGUGGGUCCCCGAGCCACCAACCUGACCCCCCCGCGCCCCUCGCCGACGCCCUCCUGCCCACCUGGACACCACAGGAGGCUCAGCAGUGGCUGCACCGGAAUCGUUUCUCCACCUUCGCUCGGCUCUUCAGGAACUUCUCAGGUGCAGACCUGCUGAAGCUGACACGGGAGGACGUGAUCCAGAUCUGUGGCCCUGCAGAUGGGAUUCGGCUCUUCAACGCCCUCAAGGGCAGGCAGGUGAGGCCUCGACUGACCAUCUACGUGUGCCAGGAAUCGCCCCAGGGCAGGGACCUGCGGCACGAGGACGGCGAUGGGGACAAUGCCACAGGGAGCUUCUUUGUGUACCACGCGGUGUACCUGGAGGAGCUGACGGCGGCGGAGCUGACGGAAAAGCUGGCACAGCUGUUCAGUGUAGCUGCUCACCAGCUGCAGCACAUCUACAAACAGGGCCCCACCGGCAUC